AUGGACAGUGCUCUAGCUUCGCCAGAUGGCUCUGGUAAAAAACGAAACAGUGGACUUCAUUGGACUAUUGUUGCGACAGCUGGUGCCGGCUUACUCGCCAUAGGUGUGCCUCUGGUUUAUCUGCUACGACAGAGAGCAAGCCGGACACUUCUACGCGAGGCUCCGCCACGACGUACCGCUUCCCAAAGUACCACCCCUCUCAUCUCUGGGAAUACUUCUCGCAUCGCAGCGGCAGAAGCAGCGGCUAUGCCUUCAAGACCCAUUGUGCAGGAGACAGGCCAAAACGUGCCCGUGGACGAUUUCAAUGGUGCACUUCACUCCGCGAAAGCCUUUGGGCUAGCUACGCUCUUGGUGGCGGCCAGUGCUACUGCGACUGUCUACGGUGUCAAAACAUGGAUGGGUAUUGAAUCCACCGAGGAGUUUGCGCAUAGAAUGCGCGCUAUACUUCUUGCUAAGAUGCCUUCGUUGUCAGAACGAAUACACAGACUCGCCGACCCUGAGGACGACGAUGGUAGCCAAGUGCUCGACGCGCCGACAGUCUCGACAUGGAAUUGGCCAGACGCAGAGCAGCGUCUGAAGGCUGUAUUUGAGAAAGACGGGUUUGCCGCGUGGAUCAAAGCUGCUGGGCGCGAGCUGGAGGUGGAAGGGAGAUUGGAGCGUUCAAAACGUUUUGGAACCGAUCUGAAAGAUAAUUCCUCCAUCAGUAAUACAUCAUCGUAA